CCCCGUCCCUACCGUGCCCUGGGACCCCCGGGGCACCACCCCCCAGGCCCGCCCCAACUCAGAUGGUUUUGUCAUGAGGAGAAAUUACAAUGUGCAGCAGCACCUGAGCGAGUCCAGGCAGCAGAAGGAGGCCAGUGGGAUUAUCCUUCAGAUUCCGACGGCGAAGGAGCGAGCGUGCGGUGCGGGCCAGACCUCCUCCAGAAGACCCCGGCGGCCGAGAUACCGAAGCCAGCGCGAGCGGGAGGUCCUCCGUCGGGUCCCCAAUGCGCACCACGGCCUCUGGUCCGAGUCACGUUCCUGCGGGUGCCGGAGGUGAUCAUCCUCUGCCUCGCCAGACGCCGCGUCCUCAGCCUCGCCAGCCAGACGGGGAAGACCCUGAAAUGGCCAGAUGCCCGGCUGCGACCGCCACAUACCCCAGGUCCAGCCACGACGACGAAGACGACGUGUCUGUGGUCUCGACCGUCGUCCACCCCGACCACAGCGUCAACCUCCGCGACGACGCCUACCAGCCCACGCUGCCCCACGCCGUCAACGACAGGAGGAACGCCGCUGUCAAGAGGAUGAAUCCGGAGGAAGCGGAUGAAGGAGGUAAAGGAGAGGGCGAGAGGGCGGCUGAGGAGCGGCCGCAGCCCGAGGAAAUCAGGUACUACGACAGCGGGAAGGAGACGAACGGGGAAGCGGUCGCCGACAGAAAUGAACGUCCCUUGCCUGCUACUUACGCGCCGAAGGAGGAAAAAGCAGAUGAGGCCGCGCAGGGAGAUGCUGAAGAAGCGAAGACAGAGGAACGGGAAGAAGAACGGGUAAAGGAGGAAUCGCCUAACGAAGGAGGAAUGAAAGAAAAGGCAGACGAACCACAGGAAGAGAAUCCCAAGCCUCAGGAAGUUCCGGAGGCCGUUCAGCCACCGCCGGCACCUCCGCCUUCAGCGCAAGCGGAGGAGAAAACAGCAGAAGGGAGAGAUCCAGCUGCGGAGAAGAAGCUCUUGCCGCGACGGAAAUCUGUCUCACGUCCCCAUAUCCCUCCAGCGCCUGACAUGCCCAAAAAGGUAGACGUGGAAGCCAGCAAACUUCUCGAGAAGCUUGUGGGCGAAGUGCGUGAGAUGCCAGUGCCCAUAAGCACCCCGGAUAACGACCCUCUGCUCCUCUCUCUGCCGCCUCCCAAAGUCUCGGAGUUCAAAGUAGCCUUCAGUUCGCGGCCGAAGAUCGCUCGGACGCCCCCAGGAUCCGCCAUUCCCGACGGUCGCAACGCCAGACGGGGGUCCAUCUGUUCCCUCAGCCCCGGAAGUCCUCCUGUUCUCCCGCCGAUCAACAGGAACAACCACACGUACACGAGGGCUGCCACUUGAUGCGUGUUGUUAUAGGUGAUGCGCUGACUUGAAUCUCGAAAGUCCGAGAGCAUGGAAGGUAGCGGAGUUAGCGCCAGAAAAAAAUGAGUGAAAGAACUAAAAAAGAAAGAAAAGACGCAGAAGCAAAAAGUGGUAAAGGCAAUAGGAGAGAUAUUGGAAAGAGAUUAGACAAGAAGUACAAGAGUGAAAGAAAAAGUAAAGAAAAGAAAAAGAACAAAACAGGACCCAGUAAAGCUUAGGAAAGGGAGACAAAUCAUAUAACCUUCAAAACCAUCACCCAACCUCAAUCUUACUGGACUUCCUUGAAACAAACCGUUAUUCCCGUAACACAAAUUUACUCUACAAUAACAAAAGCAAAGGGAUUAUAAGAAAACAAAAGAAAAUCGCCAUCAUGAACCACCGAAACUGCCGGACUUGUGCAGUUCAUCCCGUGUUAUGUUUUGCUGUUGAUAUCGACUCCUUCUUGGUGGUAUUUUAGUGGUCGACAAAGUGAUUUUGCUGCAGAUGGGAUUUGUUUAUUUUAUUUCCUUUGUGAUUUUUGUUCCAAGGGGAAUCUUGUAAUUUAGGAUGUUUUUUAAGUGACGUGUUCUGUAUCCAAGAAAAAUGUAAUAUUUGAGAUGAUAGUGUUUAAAGAAAGAACUGAGAAAAACGUCACGGGGAACAACGCCUGAUUUGCUCUAUCUGGCAUAAUAAUAACAUACAUAAAUAAGUACAUAUGGUGUUAUUCAU